UGACUUCAGCUCUGACUUCAGCUCUGACUUCAGCUCCUCUGGAGAGGAACCUGCUGAGGAAUCAGGAGAAGCUCAGAGACGAUGCUGUAAAAGCAGGAAAGACCCUCUACCCCUAACCCCCCCGGCCUCUAGAGACCUUCUGGGAGGUUUACGUUCACUCCAGGCACAGAGGCCAGAUGUGGCCAGAUGUGGACCAGGCACAGAGGCCAGAUGUGGACCAGGCACAGAGGCCAGAUGUGAACCAGGCACAGAGGCCAGAUGUGAACCAGGCACAGAGGCCAGAUGUGAACCAGGCACAGAGGCCAGAUGUGGACCAGGCACAGAGGCCAGAUGUGGACCAGGCACAGAGGCCAGAUGUGGACCAGGCACAGAGGCCAGAUGUGAACCAGGCACAGAGGCCAGAUGUGAACCAGGCACAGAGGCCAGAUGUGGACCAGGCACAGAGGCCAGAUGUGGACCAGGCACAGAGGCCAGAUGUGGACCAGGCAGAGAGGCCAGAUGUGAACCAGGUACAGAGGCCAGAUGUGAACCAGACACAGAGGCCAGAUGUGGACCAGGCACAGAGACCAGAUGUGGACCAGCCACAGAGGCCAGAUGUGAACCAGACACAGAGGCCAGAUGUGGACCAGCCACAGAGGCCAGAUGUUGACCAGACACAGAGGCCAGAUGUUGACCAGACACAGAGGCCAGAUGUGGACCAGGUACAGAGGCCAGAUGUGAACCAGGUACAGAGGCCAGAUGUGAACCAGGCACAAUGCCAGAUGUGGACCAGGCACAGAGGCCAGAUGUGGACCAGGCACAAUGCCAGAUGUGGACCAGGCACAGAGGCCAGAUGUGGACCAGACACAGAGGCCAGAUGUGGACCAGGCACAAUGCCAGAUGUGGACCAGACACAGAGGCCAGAUGUGGACCAGGCACAGAGGCCAGAUGUGGACCAGGCAGAGAGGCCAGAUGUGAACCAGGUACAGAGGCCAGAUGUGAACCAGACACAGAGGCCAGAUGUGGACCAGCCACAGAGGCCAGAUGUGGACCAGGCACAAUGCCAGAUGUGGACCAGACACAGAGGCCAGAUGUGAACCAGUCGAGCUCAGAGUAGAACUAGCAGCCGUAGAGUUUGGGCCAUUAGCUCUCGGCUCUCCAGGGUCGGUACCGGGUUCUGCGGGUUCUGCGGGUUCUGCGGGUUCUGCUGGUACUGGUGCUGGGGUCACAGGGGAAGAUUGGUUCCUCUGUCUGGUCAUCAGGAGGGACAGGGGAACCUUCCUCUAAGGGAGGCAGAACAUGCACGUUUUGGGUCUGUAGCAGGGAGUACCCAGAGAGAACCCACUCAUGCAGGCGGAGAACAUGCAGACUCCAGGUGGAAGAACCCCAGACUGAGACCUGAACCCCACGGUGCCGCCCACAUCAGAACCAUGAGCUGAGCAGAGGUUCUGCUCCAUAACCUUGUUAGAUUAGGAAGCAGGAGCCUGUAGAAGCUCCAGAAACACGGGGAGAAGUUG